AUGGACCUCGACGAGCCCGAGGCUGGAGUCACCAAGAUGCUGACAGAUAAUCAGGCGACCAUCGCCAUCGGCAACGACCACGUCACCAAGCCGCGCACGAAGCACAUCCGGGUACGCCACCACUUCGUGCGGGAGCUCAUCGCCGACGGAACCAUUGUGCUGCAGCACUGUCCCGGCACGCAGAUGGUUGCCGACGCGCUGACCAAGGCACUGGACAAGCAGACCUUCGAGCAGCACCUUCCACGACUGGUGGGAACCUCGACGGCUGAGACGGAGCAGAGGAAGGCACUCCUUGGGGAGGGGGGACUCUGUUGA